AUGCCCAUUCCAGCGACGGUCAGCUACGCGUUGGCCGUCAUUGCAGCUCCUCCACCCGACGAUCCUAUUCUCCAAUGUGAUCGUCACUUUCGGGAACUCCUAUUCAGUGACCCAAGUGAAGCUCUCUCGGCCGCGAAUGAUAAUCUCCGCGUGUUCCCUUUCAAGGAUGUGCACCCUCGCUGGCGCCGGCUCUACACCGACGCGUCUAUCAUGAAAGCAUGCUUCAUCAUAAUCAGUCGCUGCGGUCUGAGUAAAGAGGUACCAUUUUCAGGAGAAUACGCUCAAAACCCAGAACAGCUCGUUACAGAAGUCAAUUCUGUGACUGACUCCAUCCAGAUCGGCUCACACGCCGAGUGGCUGGUGGAUGUCAUUCAUCUCCUGGACUAUGCAUUGAUCAUGACAGGGGCCCCCUCACGCGAGAAGCUCGUAGAAGAUCUUUUUUCUGCAUUGCAAGAUUCAACCGAGGUGGAAGAGGACUGGGAGGAUUACCGAGAUCUUAACGAUCCUCCUGCAAAGCGCAGAAAGACCAAGCCGCCCAUGUUUCCUCCCGCUUCUGCUCCUGAACCCAACAUUGAACAUCCUAUUCCUCGGGUCUCAGCUCCUUCUUUCGAGUCCAUCCAGCAUCAUAUUGAGUCUUCACGUACUCCGCUCGUCAUAUCGGACGCAAUGGAUCACUGGCCUGCAUUUUCUGCUCGCCCUUGGUCAUCUCGUGAUUAUUGGUGGUCUCGUACUUUCAAUGGACAUCGCCUUGUGCCUGUGGAAGUGGGCAGAUCGUACACAGAUGAGGACUGGAGUCAAAAUAUCAUGCAGUUCAGAGAAUUCGUUGACAAGUUUCUUUGGGAGGGCAAGCUACGUCUUACCCGACCUAACCCCGACCAGUCUCCAUCUGAAGAGUCUCAUGAGAUGGGUUAUCUUGCCCAACAUGAUCUUCUUUCACAAAUUCCGGCUCUGCGCAACGACAUUGCCAUCCCUGACUACUGUUAUAUUGACCCCCCAGGCCCCGAGCCAGGAACCCCAGUGUAUCUGAGUCAACAGCGUGCACUCCAGGAAGCGAAGAAUCCUUCAUCGAAUCAGAAUGACAUUUCUCCAUCUGCCGCAAGUCCGACCUCUGAAAAUGGGUCUACCAUGGCAAUCCCUAGUGAUCCAAUCAUCAACACUUGGAUCGGUCCCGCGUGGACUAUCUCACCACUUCAUCAUGAUUCUCACCACAAUAUUCUCGUCCAGGCAGUUGGUACGAAGUACAUUCGGCUUUAUUCGCCCCAUACCCCUGCAUCGCAGAUCCAUCCACGGGGUCAGGAAUGGGUUGUAUCCGAUGAGGAAAGCGCCCCAGCUGGAGCAGAGCCAUCCGGAAGGUUCAUCGACAUGUCUAAUACUUCCAAGGUUGACAUUGCUUCUAUCGAACUUUCACCCGCUGAGGCAGAGCACUGGGAGGAACUCUGGCCUGGAUUUCAAGAGGCCCCUUAUGUUGAGACUAUCUUACGUGAGGGCGAGUGUUUGUACAUCCCUAUUGGAUGGUGGCACUAUGUUCGUGGACUACGUGCUGGCAUCAGUGUAAGCUUCUGGUGGGAUCCGGCAUCUUAG